GUCGGGCAGGGGCGGUUGUGCCGGCGGCUGAGGCUCGUGGCCAUGGAGUGGGGUUCGGAGUCGGCGGCUGUGAGACGGCACCGCGUCGGUGGGGAGCGCCGGGACGGCCCGGGGACCACGCCGCCACCGGAGAGGGAGGCCCCGGCGCAGGCUUCCGUGGUGGACUCGUGCGGUGGCGGCGCAAGGACGCGGAAGCGGAGCGGGGGGGGGAGCGGCGCCGCGAGCCGGGGCGCCGGGAGCGGACUGUCUGAGGCGCGCGCCGCGCUGGGGCUGGCGCUUUACUUGCUCGCGUUGCGGACGCUCGUGCAGCUCUCGCUGCAGCAGCUCGUGCUGCGCGGGCCCCCUGGGCACCGCGGGGAGUUCGACGCGCGCCAAGCCAGGAAUUAUCUUGAACACAUAACAUCCAUUGGCCCCAGGACUACAGGAAGUCCAGAAAAUGAAAUUCUGACGGUGCGUUACCUUUUGGAACAGAUUAAAUUGAUUGAAGUUCAAAGCAACAGCCUUCACAAGAUUUCAGUAGAUGUACAGCGGCCCACAGGCUCCUUUAGCAUUGACUUCUUGGGAGGUUUUACAAGCUACUAUGACAAUAUCACCAACGUUGUGGUAAAGCUGGAACCCAGAGAUGGAGCCCAGCAUGCUGUCCUGGCUAACUGUCAUUUUGACUCAGUGGCAAACUCACCAGGUGCCAGUGAUGAUGCAGUUAGCUGUUCGGUGAUGCUGGAAGUCCUUCGUGUCUUGUCAACAUCUUCAGAAGCCUUACAUCAUGCUGUCAUAUUUCUCUUUAAUGGUGCUGAGGAAAAUGUCUUGCAAGCCAGUCAUGGUUUCAUUACUCAGCACCCUUGGGCCAGCUUGAUUCGUGCAUUUAUUAACUUGGAGGCAGCAGGUGUAGGAGGAAAAGAACUUGUGUUCCAAACAGGUCCUGAAAAUCCUUGGUUGGUCCAAGCUUAUGUUUCAGCAGCUAAACACCCUUUUGCUUCUGUGGUGGCUCAGGAGGUUUUUCAGAGUGGAAUCAUUCCUUCAGAUACUGACUUCCGUAUCUACAGGGAUUUUGGGAACAUUCCAGGAAUAGACUUAGCUUUUAUUGAGAAUGGAUACAUUUAUCACACCAAGUACGACACAGCAGACAGAAUUCUAACAGAUUCCAUCCAGAGAGCAGGUGACAACAUUUUAGCAGUUCUUAAAUAUCUAGCUACAUCUGAUAUGUUGGCUUCUUCUUCUAAGUAUCGACAUGGAAACAUGGUCUUCUUUGAUGUGUUUGGCUUAUUUGUCAUUGCCUACCCCUCUCGUGUUGGCUCGAUAAUUAACUACAUGGUGGUAAUGGCUGUCGUUUUGUACCUGGGCAAAAAAUUCUUGCAACCCAAACAUAAGACUGCUAACUACACGAAGGACUUCUUCUGUGGACUUGGCAUCACUCUGAUAAGCUGGUUCACUAGCUUGGUUACCGUCCUCAUUAUAGCAGUGUUCAUCUCUCUUAUUGGACAGUCUCUCUCAUGGUAUAACCACUUCUAUGUCUCCGUUUGUUUGUAUGGAACUGCAGCUGUAGCUAAAAUAAUAUUCAUACAUACCCUCGCAAAAAGAUUUUAUUAUGUGAAUGCCAGUGACCAGUAUCUGGGAGAAGUCUUUUUUGACGUCUCGCUGUUUGUGCAUUGUGGUUUCCUCAUCGCUCUCACUUCUGGAGGACUUUGCUCGGCCUUUAUUAGUGCUGUCUGGGUGGCGUUCCCGUUGCUCACAAAGCUUAGCGUGCACAAGGACUUUAAGCAGCAUGGUGCUCAAGGAAAAUUUGUUGCCUUUUACCUUUUGGGGAUGUCUGUUCCUUAUCUUUAUGCAUUGUACCUCAUCUGGGCAGUAUUUGAGAUGUUUACCCCUAUCCUUGGGAGGAGUGGUUCGGAAAUUCCACCUGAUGUUGUGCUGGCUUCCAUUUUGGCUGGUUGUACGAUGAUUCUCUCUUCCUAUUUCAUUAACUUCAUCUACCUUGCCAAAAGCACAAAAAAAACCAUGCUAACUUUAACUUUGGUAUGUUCAAUUACAUUCCUCCUUGUUUGCAGUGGAACUUUUUUCCCAUAUAGCUCCAAUCCUGCCAGUCCGAAGCCAAAGAGAGUGUUUCUUCAGCAUGUGACUAGAACAUUUCAUGACUUGGAUGGAAACAUAGUUAAACGGGACUCUGGAAUAUGGAUCAAUGGGUUUGAUUAUUCCGGAAUGUCUCACAUAACAUCUCACAUUCCCGAGAUCAACGAUACCAUCCGAGCUCACUGUGAAGAGAAUGCACCCCUCUGUGGCUUCCCUUGGUAUCUUCCGGUGCACUUUCUGAUCAGGAAAAACUGGUAUCUUCCUGCUGCAGAAGUUUCUCCAAGAGAUCCCGCUCAUUUCAGACUUGUAUCCAAAGAACAGACACCCUGGGAUUCUAUAAAGCUGACCUUUGAAGCAACAGGACCAAGCCAUAUGUCAUUCUACGUUCGAACCCACAAAGGGUCAACACUUUCUCAGUGGUCUCUCGGCAAUGGCACCCCAGUCACAAGUAAAGGAGGGGACUAUUUUGUAUUUUAUUCCCAUGGACUUCAGGCCUCUGCGUGGCAGUUCUGGAUAGAAGUACAGGUCUUGGAAGAACAGCCUGAAGGAAUGGUCACUGUUGCUAUUGCUGCCCACUAUCUCUCUGGGGAAGACAAGAGAUCCUCCCAGCUGGAUGCUCUGAAAGACAAGUUCCCAGACUGGACAUUUCCCUCCGCCUGGGUGUGCACCUACAACCUCUUUGUGUUUUAAUCUUGUGGAUGAGCUCUAAGUACAUGCCAGUGGGGUACUCCAUGUGACAUGGUUUCUCCCUGUAUUUCAUGGAUGUUUGUAAUAUGUCAGUGAAUUUUAAUGAGCAUAUGUUCAAAGAGCUUUGUGGGCUAACACUCUUCAGGGCCAAGACUAUAAUGGUUAUGCUGUGGGGUAGUGAUGCAUGGCCUUUUGACACUUGAAAAUGCCAGUUUUCUGGCGCUUAAGCACAUGUGGGUACUGCCACUACACACAUAUGUCAUUUUAUAUGACCUUAAGGACAAGAGCCAACAAACCACUUCAGUAGUUGUCCCCUUAGGAUCACGAACCAUGUAGAAGGUACUGUAAGACCACUGUUAAUGAGACAUGACACUUCCAAUUAAAGCCCAAGACUACUGGUUGCGUCAGUGGAUCGUAGGUAAAGUAUCGUUCACUGCAGUGAUGAUUACCCCUUGACUCUGUAGGUCAUUAGAAGGCUACUCACUGAGGCCCCAGCCUGUGCUGAGAGCUGUGCUUCUUCAGGCAGCCUCUCGAUUGUGCUUUGCAUCUCUGUAGUGAAGCCCAUGACCUCUGAUGCGGAAACCUUGCUGAACUGGUGACUCCUGUCCUGACAUUUCCCUCUGCGUUUCCACAGGCUCUUUUUGUUCAGAAUGUUGAUUGGGCAAAUAGAUGACCUUAACUGCCUUCCUCAGAGCACUGAGUUGCCCUAGUGGCUAUUCUGGGGUGGAAGAGGCUGGGCAUUUUAUAUUUAUUCUCUUCGUUUUGUAGGAGUCUUCUGUUAACCAAGGUUAAUCCUUUAGGGCAUAAUUUUAUUGAUGCACUGGGUCCUUAUUUUUGUCUGUUUUCCAGCCAGUUGAACAGACUAGUUUCUCGGUAACUUACUGUCUGGUAGAGCUGGCUUUCCUGAGACUUGAGCUUGUGGCUUGUACUGGAAUGAGAUCACUAUACCUAUAGCUAUUGGUGUUCAGAUUCUGCACACGAUAGCAGCCCGAGGGUAAAGGUGCUUUUCAUUUUGAAGAAGAUGGCUGUGUAGCUUGUAGGGCAUAUCACACCAGUGCCUCUCAUGUCGUCUUGGCUCCAGCAGUGGAAGGGCUUGAUGAGAUCAGUGGUAAAUUCUGCUUUCUUUUUUCCAUUAACAAAUGUAAAAAGUUGGACAAAUUUUGUAUUUAGCAAGCAUAGGCCAAAAAAACAUUUUAAAGAAAAGCCACAGUAAAACAAAAAAAAGAGUAGCACUUGGAUCUGCCUGAACAGAAAGAGCACUGUAAGUGUGUGUUGCAGGAGGAAAUUCUUGAAGCUGCUUGUGCACUGUGUACAAUAUGCUUUCUUAAUCAUGCUCCUCAAAUUGCCUGCCUAAUUUGUGACUCCUUAGAAACUGACUGGGCCCACACAGACAGCAGGGCUGCAGCCAGAGCUGAAGGACAACAUGUUGGCUGUCACAUCCAUGGACACUGGAGCCACUACUUUUCCUGGACUUUGUAGAAACCAUAUUAUUACUAGUCUCAAGUGUUGCAAGUGUCUCCUGCCACGUUUAUCUGUCAGGCAGUACAUAAGGUUUGCAGUUUUUAUAGCUUGUAUAGAUCACAGUUGUGGAGAGAAAGAAACAGUAAUAUCUCAAUGAAUUUAAAAAUACAGGCCUAUUUUCCGUCCCUGUAGUUAAUCUGAAAUAGAUUAGAAAUUAUUUAUAGGAAAGAAAAACAGCAAAAUCCCAAGUGUUGAGGAAGGACAUUGUAUGAAAAACAACUAGUUCCCUGUGAUUUUUUGCCUUUGGGAAGGAUGCUGUUACUCCUUUUCAGAAAUAAUUAUGGUUUUCUUUUUGCCUUUGGGUUAUUUUCCUAUGUAAACGAUUUUUUUCUUUUGCGUUAUAAAGCUUUGAUAUUGUGCAAGAUCUGCAAGAAGAUGCUCACUAGUCUCAGGGCAUGCUUAGUAUUCUGGGAUAUUGUUUUAAUGCCAGAAUUGGUUAAGUAAUUACACACAAUAGUCAUGGCUCUAUUAAUAAGCACACUGUCAGAUCUGUAGCCUAUGAGAUUAAAGAACGUGUUCGCUUUUUUGAAUAGCUGAUCAUUUGAAUAACUUAUUUCUAAAAGGGUGUUGUCAAAUUCUAACAAAUGCAUUAUUUCCUACAGAAUUUAAAUGUAAGUAGCACAGUACUGCACAUUCAGGGAAAGUGUCAAGAAUUUUGAUUUUGAAGAAAUCCUUUCUUAAAAUUUGCAUUGUCUGACUUAAGAAUGGUUGUUGUAUCAAGGAUUUGUUUCCACAGUUUAGCAGAUGUAAAUAAGCAUGAUAGGAUUCCUAAAAUGUUACCGCUGAGGGGGCCAUAAGCCAGCCUGACUCAGGAAGCUGUAGGAAGAAUGAUCAUGUCUGUCCAUUUCAUUUUACUGGUUUGCUGACUUAAAUGUUGCCUUACAAUGUUAUUGACAUAAAAAUUUUAACAUACUAA